AUGCGCAACAGAUGGAAAAACGCAAAUAUAUCAGUAUCUCAAUUAUCGCGCCAUCCGUGUUUGUCUGCACACGUUUAUCGGCUCUCGGUCAAGGUUGAACAUAAAUCGGUCAUGGGCCGACUACUAGUUUUGAUGCUAGUGGUAGUAGUGGCGACUCUGGUAUAUGUUUUGUAUCUCAAAAGUCCUCCGCCACUGCCGCAGUUAGAUUUGAACCAGUGGUGGGGACCCUGGGGACCCAUGGAAGGGAGAACGAAUCAAGAUGUCAGCAUUAGGCCAUUUACCAUCAACUUUUCUAACGUGAUGAUCGAAGACUUGAGGAGGCGGUUGAAAAGACACAGACCUUCACCACCACCGCUACAGGGCGUUGGAUUCGAAUACGGCUUCAACAGUAAACAGACUGAGGGUUGGCUGCGCUACUGGGCUGAAGAGUAUCCGUUCAGCGCCAGGGAGCAAUUCCUCAACCAGUUCCCACAUUACAAAACGAACAUUCAAGGACUGGACGUCCAUUUCAUUAGAGUCAAACCAGAUAUUCGACAAGGGGUUGAAAUAUUGCCAAUGUUGCUAUUACACGGCUGGCCUGGCUCCGUGCGGGAGUUCUACGAGGCAAUACCCUACCUUACUUCCGUCAGUAAAGACAGGGACUUUGCGAUAGAGGUCAUCGCCCCCAGCCUUGUGGGCUACGGAUUUUCCGACGCACCCGUUCGGCCGGGAAUGGGAACGGCGCAGAUGGCCGUCGUGAUGAAGAAUCUGAUGAAGAGGCUCGGCUUCGACAAGUUCUACAUCCAGGGUGGUGAUUGGGGAUCCGUGGUGGGAGCCCAUUUAGCUACGUUGUUUCCUGAGAACGUCCUAGGCUAUCAUACCAAUCUGCCAAUUUCAACGACACCAGCGUCCUUUCUGCUACCACUUGCUGGGUCAGUGUACCCGUCUUUGUUCUUCGACUCCCAUGAAGUGGAACGGAUGUACCCACUGUUAGAUCAUUACUCCAUGAUCAUGGAGGAGAUGGGCUACUUCCAUCUGCAAGCAACGAAGCCUGACACAGUAGGCAAAGCCUUAAGCGACUCUCCGUCUGGCCUCCUUGUGUACAUCCUGCAAAUGUUCGCGACGUGGACUCGACGAGAGGAAGCUUCUAGGCCGGACGGCGGACUCGAUCUCCACUUCAGCAAGGAACAGCUGAUCGAUAACGUCAUGCUGUACUGGGCGCCCAACUCGAUCAACGCCGCCAUCAGGCUGUACGCAGAGUCAUUCAGCAAGAGGCACUUCGACACGAAGCUGGAUGAAAUACCGUGCUUGGUGCCGACUUGGCUUCUGCAUUCGAAGCACGAGCCCCUCUACCAGCUCGCAGCAGUCACCAGACUGAAGUUCCCCAACACACUGAACUGCACAGUGCUUAACACCGGCGGGCACUUUGUCGCUUUGGAACUGCCUGAGGCAUUUUCCGAGGACGUCCUGAUGGCUGUUGGCGAGUUCCGAAGGUGGAGUAGGAACGCGAGGAAGAACAAGUUG